AUGACUACCUCUUCAAGCCGACCCCACCCCUGGCGAUGGAUGGUCCUAGCGUCGCGCUUCGUCUUUUGCUUCAUCGCUCUGGGAGGUUUCAAGGCACUCGGGGUAUUCUUGCCUUACUUUAUACUUUACCUUUCGACUAGCUCAGUGUCUGUAGGAGUGAUCAGUUCCUCCUUACCCGGCGCUGGUUACAUCUUAAUUGGAUCGUUCGCCGGUGUUUUGUUGAAGGUAUUUACCCCUCGGCAAAUAACCAUUAGUGGAGGAUUCGUGGCUGCCGUGUCUAUGUGUGUUGCUUCGUUCUCUGUGUCGUCAAACCAAAUCGCCGUAUGCUUCGUAUUAGCAAGUGUCGGCCAGGCUCUCUGUUUUGUAUCCUCUACAAAACCAUGUAUGGAAUAUUUUCCAGACGACUUCGCCUUUGCAAAUGGCGCUUCCCUUGCCGGAGGGACCACAGGCAUGAUGGUCCUCCCACCAGUAAUGGAAUACCUUGUGUCGGUUUACGGAUGGAGGCGCGCUUUAGGCCUGAUGGGAGCUUUCACCUUCAACUACGUCGUGUGUGGCGCUCUACUCCGGCCUCGAAAUAAAUCUUCGUUACCAGCGCAAUAUAGUCUGGUACCUAGUCGAUCUAUUGUUGAGAAUGCAUCAGCCAAGUCCGGUGGUCUGGCUGAUGGGCGAGAUCAGGACGACGAAGGUAAUCCCGCGAAGUUCAACUUUGGACAGAUAGUGAAAUACGUGCGCGAGCGCUUUGAUGCCCAUAUACUUGUGGAACCGCUGUUUGUGAUUAUCUCCGUGGUAUCUACGCUGGAGGGAAUCCUAUUCGGGAUGUGGCAUUUGUAUCUCAUUCCCCAAGGAGUGGAGCUGGGCUUUGGGGAUUCCCCAUCGGCAUUCCUGGCGACGUUUGGUGGCGCUGGAUCCCUGCUAGGACGCAUAAGCCACGGGUUCCCGAUUGAUCGCGGUCACAUCAAAGCCACAAGUCUGUUCACUAUCUCAUGUCUGAUCUUUGCUGCAUCUAACAUGCUAGAUCCUCUUGUUGUUACGUCCUACAUAGCCAUAGCUGCCAUAGCCUUUGUCUCGGGAGUCGCGUUUGGUGUUAUAUACCCUUUGAUGUUUGUGCUGAUGCGUGACGUGACUGGUGAUCGGCACAUGUCCGCCUAUGGUUGGCUGUUUGUUACCCAUGGUAUUGGCGUACUUCUUGGAGGCGCCCUAGCAGGUAAAGAUGGAUUCAUGAUCUGA